CGGCGGCAUUACUGCGGUACAAUUAAUUAGUGUUUUAAGUUCUAUUGUUUUGCCGCCAAAUCUCAACGUCAAAGACACCAAAGUGAAAGUGAAAGAAAUAACGCAAAAUGUUUAUUCAUUUAUUUAUUUUUUUAAUAUUUACACACAGCAUUAAUUGUUGGAUUUUUAAUAAUAUAAAAAAUGGAAUUAUUUCAAGGCGACAUAGUUUCAGCGGAUUUGACGAUGAUGAUAUUACUCCAAAUGACUUGGCUGACCUAAGAAUAAGUUUAAUUUAUCCAGGUACGAAAUGGUGCGGAGCAGGUAACAUAGCAGAUGGAUACGAUGAUUUGGGCACUGAAGAAGAGGCAGAUUUUUGCUGCCGUGAACACGACAAUUGCCCUGAUGUUAUAUUAGCCGGAGAGUCAAAAUAUAACCUUACAAACAAUGCAUUUUAUUCCAGGCUAUCCUGCCAAUGUGAUUUAACAUUUAGAAAAUGCUUGCAUGACGCCCAGACGAAAACUGCUCAAAAAAUUGGACUCGUUUACUUCGAUGUUUUGGGCACGAAAUGUUUUAGAGAAGAUUUUCCUACAACUGGCUGUAAGAGGAGGAGCGGGUGGUUAAAAAAGAAGUGCGUCGAGUAUUUAUACGACGAGACAGCUCCGAAACGAUACCAAUGGUUUGAUGUCCCUAAUUACAACUGAAUUACCAAAGACAACCGGAUGAUCUCGAAUAAAUUAAAUGUACAUUAAAAUUGUGCAAAGUGUGAAAA